AUGCAGUUCAUUUACUCCUUAUUUACGCCGUCUGAGAGAUUGUUAUCCCGUGAGAUGGUACGUAAUGAAAUUGCUCGGACUAAACUAUCAGCCGCACGGCUGCAACACGAAGCGGAGAAGGAGUUCAUGGAGAAAGAAAUGCAGAAGAUUGAUAAUGAAAUGCGGGCGAAGGAGGAGAGUUAUGCGGCACAAGCUAAACCGCUUUUGGACGACUUUAAUGAUAUAUCGUUGGCGCAACACUACUAUCAGGAAGUGGGAACUACAUUAGCAAGUCAAGUGCAUUUGGUUUCGCAGCGGGUGGAACGUGAGCUUGAGGAGUUUGGUUAUACAAGCAAAAAACUCAUUUCAGUGGGUCUCAAUUAUGAGGCACUGAAGCACAAAAUGAAAGCUGGUUUGCCCUUCAAUGAAGAAUUAUCUGCAGUUCUUAAGGAUGCAGAAAGUGAGGAUGUAAACCUUGUUGCUGCACCGCUCAAGUACAUAAACAGCAUCCCUUCACCAGCUGUUGUGCGUGUAACGGCCUUUAAUCUCGGACGCGCUAUCGUUGAGGCGGGGAAAGCUCCCGCGGCUGAGCCCGUUCGCGGCAUUUUGGACUUCUUUAAGUUCCGCACAUCACUAAGCCCAACCAUGCUCGUGUCACGACAGCUGCGGGCGUUGAAAUCGGAGGCAGAGUUUUUGCGAUUUGUUGAACGCGGUGAGUACCAUAGGGCACUGAGUCUUGCUGAAGAUGUAUACGCGGGAUUAAAACGUGAGGGCGUGAAGGACGCUGCGGUGUUAGAUGAAGCGUUUGGGGCAUUUAGGCGAACGGUGCUGCCGACGGUGGCGGGGGAUAUGUUGCUCCGUUAUUGUGCUGCAUCCCUCUGCGCGGCACGAUUUGCGUGUGUGGAGAAUAUGUUAAAGGAACAGUAG